AACCGGAGGGUCAUAACGGUGAUGAGGACCGCGUAUGUCCCGUGUUUCUCUAUUUGCUUUAUUUUUAUUUAUUUCACCGACUGCAGCCAGCCUGGCUGGCAUCUUUUUAAACAUUCCGUAGAAGCAGCUUCGGUGUGAUUUUUCACUCCUCCGUCCUUUUCGGGCCUCAGAGAGGUCGCGCAGUGGUCGUGGCCCACAGGCUCCGUGGGAAAGGUUGGACCGUGGAGACACCUUAAGAUCACCUCACAAUUUCUGUGCCUGUGAUGACUUUAUUGGCUCUGAGAGGGGAAGAUGCAUCAUGUCACGGAGGAGCAGUCCCUCCCUGCGCAUCGCAGCGUGGACAGUGGCCCCACUGACCCUCAGCCACCACCUUAUUACAGCAAAGUGGAGUUCAGACGAAACGCAGUAACAGAUGACUACAAAGUAACUGCUCAGGUUCUUGGCCUGGGUAUCAACGGAAAAGUGCUGGAAUGUUAUUGCAAGCAGACUGGAGAAAAAUGCGCCCUCAAGAUUUUAUAUGACACACCUAAAGCGCGGCAGGAAGUUGAGCUGCAUUGGCGUGUGUCUGGAGGUCCUCACAUUGUCCGGAUUCUCAGCCUGUAUGAGAACAUGCAUCAGGGGAAGAAGUGUCUCCUCGUCAUUAUGGAGUGCAUGGAGGGAGGGGAGCUGUUCAGUCGCAUUCAGGCCAGAGGGGACCAGGCCUUCACAGAGAGAGAGGCAUCAGAGAUCAUGCAUGAUGUCGGCACAGCCAUCGAGUACCUACACCACAUGGACAUCGCUCACAGGGAUGUAAAGCCUGAAAACCUGCUCUAUACCACCAAGGAGAGCAAUGCUACACUGAAACUGACUGAUUUUGGCUUUGCCAAGGAGACGACACUGCACAACUCCCUUCAGACUCCCUGUUAUACGCCAUAUUACGUUGCGCCAGAAGUACUUGGGCCCGAGAAAUAUGACAAAUCAUGUGACAUGUGGUCUUUGGGUGUGAUUAUGUACAUCCUGCUCUGUGGCUUUCCUCCGUUCUACUCCAACACAGGUCAGGCCAUCUCUCCAGGCAUGAAGCAAAGGAUCAGACUGGGCCAGUAUGAAUUCCCAAACCCUGAGUGGGCUGACGUAUCUGAGGAAGCCAAACAGCUGAUCAUCCAGUUGCUGAAGACAGAUCCUAAUGAGAGGAUGACCAUUGGACAGUUUAUGAACCACCCUUGGAUUAGCCAGUCAAUGGUGGUGCCUCCAACACCGCUCCACACGUCCCGUGUCUUAACGGAAGAUAAGGAGCUGUGGGACAAUGUGAAGGAAGAAAUGACCAGUGCCUUGGCCACCAUGCGUGUGGACUACGACCAGGUGAAAAUCAAAGACCUGGACACGUCCAACAACCCUCUGCUGAAUAAGAGACGUCAGCGUCCCGCACCUGGAGGAGGUGAAAGAGGAGCAGAAGCAGACAGUGAUGGAAAAAUGGCCUCUCAUAGUCACAGUCACAGAGAAGUUACAUUUGUUGAAUGAUUAUCAGACCAAAGUACACAAAGUCACAAGCAGUGUUUUACAGUUGAAGUAAUUUAUCAUUUUUAGUAAUUUUUUUAAUUCUCUAUGUCAUUCCAAUAGUCUGAACUCAUAUCAUUUAUAUUACUGUUGUAUAAUUUUAAAUAAAAGGUUUUUUAUGCUU